CUGGCUGCAGUCUUCUACCGUGGUCUCCUCUCUGGCGCUUCAGACGUGACACGCCUGCGGUGCCUCUCCACUUCUGAACACGGACGCCUCCCUCAAAGCCUCGGACUCUUUUGCUGCAAGGACCUCAGGAGUCAAGACAGACCCCAGCCGAGUGUUUUGGGAUGUAAAGACAUUGUUGUGCAUGUUUCGGACAUGCUUGAAAAACGUAAGUAACCCAGGACUGUGAGAACCGGAUCAAUUCCUUUUAUUUUUUUUUUCAUCAUGGCGCGAUGCCGCUUUGCUCUCGAAUGACGUCCAUGUGCAAACGGACUAUUGAGGAACAGGCAGCCCUAAGAUGAACGGAUGUAUUGCUGAAAGUAAGUCUGUAGUCAAAACCAGUCGAAUGCCACUUCCCGUGACUUUUCUAAAUGCAACGCAGCUGUGAACGUGGGUCAUGUGACCUUUGAAAGACCAGAUUUCCUCUUUCAGUACUCUGUGUUAUGAACACGGACUGGUUGAUUCACUCGUACAUUACCAACAUUUUCAGUUUCCAAAGUUAUUUUUAGUUUCCUCAUUUGACAUCAUGGACAUGUGGAUGUGGCACAUUCAACCACUGCAGACUACUUUACUCCAAUCUCUAGUAAGAGUUGUCGCUGAAUGAAUACUUAUUGUCUCAGGUGCUUUUUUUAAAAAAAAAAUGUUUCAGUUUAGUUUCUUCCGUUCCUUAAUUGUCCGUUGGCGCCACCUUCUGUAAAGGAUUAGUACUGCAAUGUUGCGAGUUUAUUUUAUUUUAGUUUAUCGUUCAUACGGGUCGUUUGACUUAAAAGAUGGAUUGUUCACAUUGACCCUUUUAGGAGCUUGAUAUACGAUGUCUUUUUUUUAUGAAAACGCACAAUUGACUUUUUCUUUUCUUGCACUUGCACCGCGCCCACCAAGCGCAAUGUACUGGAAUAUGUUUGCAAAGGGUUUAGAACUCUAAAAGUUGCUGGAUUGUUUGACGCUGCGUGGGCUUGAUCGUUGAUGGCCCACAACAUGCGCUGGAUAUGAAGCAUGGGUUGGUGGAAUCACCCUCGUUCAAGUUCUGCUGACAACCAAAGGCCCUCUCGUUCAUUUUGCUAGUUUCCAAGGGAGUUGUGCGAACAUUUCAGGACAAUGAUGGACUACUUGCUUCACCGGAGGAUGAUGGAUUAUCAUGGACUGUGAUCUAUGCGGAUGUCCACGAACUGAGUGUGGCGACAAACAACCUGCUAUCGUCAGGAGCCAGGAGAAGCAACUCCAAUGGGAUCCCUGAAUGAAUAUUAGCCCUGUGGCGAUCAAGCGGUACAACCUUUCCUCGAAACACCAAGACCUUUAGGCACUCCAUUAAAAUGACUGGAACAAAUCUGAAGACAAAGAGUCCACUCCUGACUUCCCUUCUGCGGGGUGAUGGAAAAGAUGUCAUGCAGGCUACAAUUCCCAAAUCUGCAUCCAAGAAAGUGUCGGACCAGAAACUCUCUGAGCGCAGUAAAGCAGCUUUAAGAGGCAAUCCCACUCCCUUGAGGACUAAUCGAGGACAACCGUGUGUUUCUGCAGAUUCAGUGAUGCUGACUGACAGCCAAAUAUUGAAUCACAUUAACACAAAAAUUGCCUUUUUUCUGUCUGGUGCGACAAAACCAAACCGCUCACAUGUGAACCCCUCGGCCACAGACGCUAGGACACAUCAACCAGUGUGUUCCAGCAACACGUCAGUCUCCAGAGACGGCGGGGCGGACUUUGGGACUAAUUCUGCUCAAGGAAACCAUUGGACCGCACCAAUUGCUGAUUCUCCGUCAUCAGGUAGACAAGGAGGACACACGCAACCCAAACCAGUUGAACAGAGUUUAUCUCGAGAUAAUGAUCUUCAGUUAAAGCUGUCAUCUUUUCCUGCGACCGGCCGCAUCCGUUGCGACAAUUCAGAUGACCUUUGUGGAUAUAACAUAUCUUUAAGGAAAAAUAAUCAAGAAGACUUCAGCAUGGCGCCUACUUUCCACAUGAAAGACACUAUUCAUUAUCCAUUGAAUACACUCAAAGAGCUAAUUGUUUCCCUUGAAAAGGCAGAGACCAAGGCAGAGAUGAACAACUUUACUAAAGUUCUGGUAAAUGACUAUUGGAAUGGAGAUGUUGAUAACCUUCAUAUCUUUGCGUCCACAGAAUAUCCCCAAAUCAUGCUGGACGUUGCUGCCACUUGCACAAAGCAUGAAGGUUCGAGUCCAGUUGUCCUCACAACAUGUUCAGGGUUAAACAUGGAAAAGUUGACCGAGGCUCAACUCUGUUUCUCCAAAAACUGCUCUACCCAAACACCAUUGAAAUCUGCUCCAUUGAGUAACGUAAAGGAUCUGCCGGGAAAAGAUAAAAACGUUUUACCACAAGUGACAAAGGACCAAGAGGCAGCUGUGGACAUUGACAAAGUCAGCAGUGUAGAAGCUGAUGUCUCAAAAGAUAAAUGUUCUCAAGAAUUCAAAUCUACCUCAAUAUUUGAGAUCACCACAGCAUGCAACCCACAUAAAGAGGGCUAUGAAGAAGUCCCUGUCAGUGAGACCAAGCAAGACUCCAACAAGCCAAUUUAUGAGGACAUUUCAGAUUGUGAGAAGACGCAAAGUCCUUUAUUCCAAAAUUUGGAAGACAUCAGUGAUGAAGAUUCACAAAAGGGCGUCAUGAAGGACAUGGCUUUUGAAACUCAUGAACGACCUAACCAGAAGCCGAUGUCUGCAAAUGGCUGCAGUGAAGUGAAUGCUGAGACACAACAGCAGCUCUGCGAUACUGAUGAGGAUGAGUGGACAAUCCUACCGCUGUCUGUGGGAAGCCUGGAUUUCUUACCAAAAGCUAAACCUAGCGGAUACCAGUCGGCAACCUGUUGGAGGGGUGAUGGACCUGAAACGCCUAAGGGUCAAGACAAUCCAACGGAAGGUCGUUCCAGUUGUCCCCGUUCUUUCUCAAGCCCUCUGCCAGUCUUUGACACAAUUGAAAGCUUUGAGAAGGCGCAGAUGGCACAUGUUGGCAUUUUUGAAGAUUGCAAAGCUGGAGUGCUCUUUGAAGAGAACUCUUUCAGUCCUGCUUCCGAAGCGGAAGACAGUUGUGAUACAGAGGACAGUUGCGAUUACUCCUCCGAAUGUAGCGGUCAAAAUCGUUUGACAUUUUCAAGGAAGCUUUUGGAGAAUCUACGACCGAAUUCUGCAGAAAAGAGAAGUCUAUCUGGAAACGGUAGUGACGUUGACGUCAAUGGGUUGUUGUCACCGAGAAGUAAAAGAGGACAAUGUUUUAAAAAACUUAAAAGGCUAAUGACCACCCGCCCAAAAAAAGCUAAAACCACGCCACAUAAAGAAGUAAUUGUCAUCGAUUCGGAUUCAGAUGACGAAAUUGAUGAACCUUGCAAAAUCAAUAGGCAGAGAAGUGGGCCAACAUCUCUAAACAUUUCUUCCACAGAUGAAAGGCAACGUGACGAUAUGAGGAGCAAUCGUUUGACUUAUGAUUCUGGAAAUAACUCCAGUGACAGACUCUUACCUGAAGCCUCAAAGAGUGGAAGUGUCUCCUUAAAAAGACCUCUUGCUGUGGCCUGCCAAAAAAACGGCAAGUCAACGGCACGGAAAAGUACAGGAGCUCACACCGUCAGUCAAGCACUGGAGCGGAUCAAGAGAGCUAGGAGAACUGACUCCACAAAUUCAGAGGAGGAUCUUGAGACAUGGAAAAAACAAAAUGGAAGUAUUAAAAAUACACCGCCUAGGAGAAAGGUGUGUGCUGAGACCUUGUCCCAAGGGCUAGUUAAGAGGGGUGCAAAUAUUAUACCAUCUAUGCUCUACAAGAUAGGUCCUCCACCAAGUGGGCGUCUUCUCCUGACAGCCAAGGGAGUCCGCAGAAAAAAAGUGGUCCGCCCCCUCUCACCCCUGACCACUGAAUCAAGCAGCGAUGAGCUGGAAGAAGCACUAAGUGGUGGCACUAAACCACAGCCUGUGAUAAAAGGACAGUGUAAAAAGAGAAACGUGAUGAACACGGAACCUCACCAAGACGUUUUGCCAACCUCAAGCGGCCGCUUGCCAGAGGUGUCUGGUCCAUUAGCCACUCCCCCCAUUCCCAAAUUGAAAAGCACUUCCAAAACAAAAUCCAUCAAAAUUCAGCGAUCUAUAAGCAGCCCCGCUAAAUUUGAUUUACCGUCACUGCCAUCCUCAACUACCCCUCAGCAUGUGCCUGCUCACAAACGUAUCAGAGAUGACUGGAGAAGUCAACAUAUCCAAACGUAUAAGGAGCGAAGACACAGUCUGGCCGCGGCUCUCCCCAUAACGGUCAAGAAACCUAGUGAGAAACAGCGGGCACCCAAAAGAAGACCUUGCCUUGACAAGAAUCUAACGCCUCUGAUGAAGAAGACCAAAAAAAUGUGCAUGCUGGAGAAAAAACGGUCCCGAACCAUAGAAGCAAGUUUCCCUGUUGAUACAGGUUUCAAGUGGGGAGGCAAACCAUCUGGGUCAACUCAAGAUUUUCCGUGGAGUCAGUUUGGAUCCCCACCAAGAGUGUACGACUAAAAAAAAAUGGGGGUGAGAAUCCAAAUACCUGUUAAACAGUGUUCUGAUUGUUGUUGCAAAAAUAUGUGCGCAUUACUUGUGUGUAUGUCUUGUUUCAAAUGCGCACAUUUGUUUUAAUUGUUUGUAUUCUCAAGAUGUCUUCGGUUCAAGUAAAAUGUUUUUUACCUUUUUUAAUGAGAGGGGCGUUCUUUCUUGGCAUUUCAGGUUACCAGUUAUUCCAGAACUACCUUUUGUACUUGAGUUCUUUUACAUUUUUUUUUUUUUUUUUAUUAAAAAUGACAGCCUUUCUGGAAACUAUGGAGUGUUCUUGACUAGCACUUUAAAAAAAUAAAUCAGGAAACUCAACUUUAUAAGUGGAUCUUAAACGUUGUACUGUAUUUUGUGUUGGGUUCGUGGGUUCAAUUCCGUGAUUCAUUUAGGGCCAAAAAGUUCUCCUGUUAGCCAUUUCCUCUGGUAGGAAUGGUGCAAAAAAUGUAUGAUUCUAGACUUGAUACACUCGACGAUUGCUGCUUCGUCUUCCUCAGAACAAAAUUGCAUUCUGUGUUCUUCACAUCACUGUUGGUCAUCACCACAAAGGCCUAAAUGAAGCCUCCACUACGGUUUAAUGACACCAAUACAAGCUCGGUAUUAACCAGUUAUCAAGAUGUGUGGCCAUAUAAUUUGAAAGAAUCGGUCAAGAUCUAGGUCAAAUUAAAUGACAUGCAAUUUCAUAAUAAACUUCCCUAAAGCAAGACUCUGUAGUGCAGUUUCUUUGUCAAGUCAAGAAACUGUCAUUUGACCGUAUGCAUUAGCAACUUCUGUGAAGGAAAUGUUAAAUGUUGUUGCACUUUUAAACAACUGUUCAAGCUACAUGUGUUUGUGAUUUCAUGGUGUUUUUGUAAACAUAGUCUACCUCUGAUUUUUACAGAACAGUCCUGUCAGUGAAAAUCUCACAUAUGAAUAAAUCAAACAUUGCUUUGACCACUCUGCCUCGUCACUGUCUCAACAAUUCUAAAGUUAUUUUCCAAAGCCGAAAUCAUCAUAAAAUCUGUUUGGAUUUGGCUCCACCAUGACCAAGUAUCUUAAAAUCAGGUGGGUGCCCUCUACAGGGUCGUACAAUAAAAAUGUUGCUGAUUGUGAAAAGUCUUCAUCUUACCCUUUUUUCCUCCUCCUAACAUUCAGAUUGUCAUGCACUUUUAGGUACAUAGGAUCGCUUUGUCUUUUGAGUUUACGUACUUUUAAGUUAUGUCAUCCUGCGACGUCUGCACCACGACCCUGCACACGCAGUUUCCACUGACUGCCAAGAAACCUACUGCGCUGUGGUAAGACUUGACUGGAGGAGAGAAGUUCACCUCUUCCAGCAUCACAGGGGCCUCUGUACACCGCAGUCCACGAGCCAAGGCCAGAGGCUUUCACAAGUGAAGGACCAGCUGACCGUUAAGUCUCUUCUUGGAUGGGGCUUAGGCCUAUGGCAGCCAUGGUAUGUAUCCUGGAGAAUGACCUUUCCAAACUGGCUGGGUCUCUUGUCGCCAUGUCUGUGGGCACUGAUGGAAUGAGAGAGAGAUGAGAGCAUUGUGUCACACGGCGACUUCUCAUGGCUUGUGAAGGCACAGGCAGAGAGAGCAUGUGAGUUUAUGGAAGUAAUCUUCAGAACAUCAUCAUUCAGGAAACAGACACCUUAAAUAGAGAAUGGAUGGCAGCAGUCCUCCUACCGGAUACAUACCUUCACAUACAAAUAGUUUCUCAUCUGGUAACUGCUUGCUACAAUCACACUUAUUUAAUUACAGUGGUACCUCGGUUUUCAAACGUCCCGGAAUUCGAGCAAAUUGGAGUUCAAACAAAAAUUUUGAGAUUUUUUUGCUUCGGAUUUCGAACGAAAAUCCAGAACUCGAACUCUGACAUCCCACUUCCCAGAUAGAUGGGAUGUGGCAUAAAGACAGUUUUCAGUGCAGGAUCUGGCAAAGUUAUAGUAUUGGUCCAUUUUUUUAAGUAAAGAAUUUCAUUGAAAGACUGAAACUGACCUGACAUUUGACUUACUUCGUAUUUUGUCUAUAUCGUAAUUGUUCAUGGACUUCAAAAUAAAUAUGUCAUGUGACGAAGAACACACCCAGGUUGUGCCUUUGGCCAGCAAUUUGAUGAUGAUUGAUAUGACCCACGUCCUGUUAUGGAUGACUCCUUUCACUUUUUUUUCAGUCACUGUGAUUGCUUUAUGGUCUUGCGGUGUUGUUCGGCCUGCGUGUUGUACACUUCCCAGGGCGUCGAGUCGGGAGCAGAAAGAACCACAGAAGCAGAGGGAUGCACUUUAUUCCACAUCAGCAUCAGGAUAACAUCGUAUCAUCAUCGUUUUGUGUCAGUUGGCCUCAAGUUAUUCAAAGUACAGACACAUUAAAUAGAGAGUGAAUUGAGAACAUUCCUCGUACCAGAUACACUUUAUCACACACAUGCGUGUCCAUAUUUAGUUCGAUUACUGGAAGUGUUACAUCUGCUUUUUUCCAAAAUUCAAGCCAAGACAUCAACUUCAGGAAACAAGACAGAUGUCCCUGUUUGCACCAAAAGGAAACCAGCUCUGGCGUGUUUGUAAACUUGGCUGAACAUUCUGUUCGCACAAAAGUGAGUGUUAUCUUUAAACUGACCAAAUCCAGCGUGAGUGGAUAUCGGACCAACAUUCUGUUGGAGCUGGGAAGCAUAUUUUGUUGUGAAUGAUUUAAUAAUGUUGCAGAGCAGUGUGAUUAUACUGAAAACAAGUAUAUAGGAAAAUGUUCGCUGAGUGAUUAGAUAACUGGAGUUUGAAGUUGAGUGAUAAGAAUGCUCAAUAUGUUUAAUGUUGUCUGAUUAAUAUAAAAAAAAUACAAAUCUUGACCGUGCACACUGCUAGUACCCGCCUCAGGAAAAUGUAAGCUCACUUCUGGAAGUGUCAAAGAUUAUCCGAAAUCACAUGCUGAACACUGAAAUAUGAACCGAAUGCAAAACCUGUGUUGUAUAAACUGGAAAAUCGAAAAUAUUAUAAUCAAAACCUGCAAAGUGAUAUUUGAUAUUAUUUCUGAUUUUUAUCAUUGAUUUUGAUGUUUGAACUUUAGUGAACUUAUAUGCUUUUGAACGUGAACGUUUGAACUCAUGAACAGGUGUGUGUUUUGAACUUAGAUUGAACUUGUAAACGCACGUGCUGACGCAGAUGGAGCAGAAUGUGUUGACCUAAUAUGGUGAACCAGGCACCAUGGACGCAAAUGCUGACGCAAGUGCUGAUGCAAAUGAAACUAGAUGUGAUCAAUCACCGAAACACGCGAUCCAUUUAUGGGCAUGUCAUCAAAACCAGAUGUGUUGCUAUAUAAACGCUCGGAGAUGUGACACUGAGUCCCCUUUUUUGGCUUUUCAGCUUCAUCUGUCUGCAGUAAGGUCUUGUAUCUUAACUUAGGACGGUGCUCUUGCUGUUGCUCUCAGACUAUUUGAUUUAACUCAUUUUUAUUGUUCUCUUAUUAUUUUUUUAUUUAAUUCUUUUUAUUGCAUGUAUUUUGAUUAUAUGGUUUUUGAAGUAUAUGUACUAGUACCAGCGUCUGGCGGUACUUUUGAUACUGUUGGGUAUCAGCGUCUGGCGAUACCCUUGAGUUUAUGGAUUUUAUUAUUCUUGAUUGAUUUUAUUGUUUUUAUUAUUCUUUUAUCAAUUUUUUGAAGAAAUACUUUUGUAACAAAAACAUAAUAAAAUUGUGUACGAAUUAAGUACUGAAAAGGCACAACGGCGUUGAUCCCUGACUACUAAAGAAUCAACUGGCUCCUGCCUACUACCAUCAAUUGGGUUAUAGGUGAGUUAUUGUUUGAUUUCCUCCUGUUGCACAUGUAAUGAGUGUCUCACAUGGUAGCAUUAUUCCAUCCUGAAUUAUUGUGUCAAUGAUUAGGUGGUAGUUUUAGGCAGUUAUGGGGAAAUAUGUUAUUUAGAAGGAAUGGAUUGAGGAUCCGAUCAUGAGUCCCUAAACGAAGUUAAGUAAAGAGACUACGGUAAGAGGUGUAGCAUUGUAAGGUCAAGAACCUGUUUCUUAACAGGUCGGGCUAAUUAAAUAACCCGCUCAGUGAAGCGCCGACACUACUCACUAAUAUAAUAAGGUAUAGUUGAUACACUUAUUAUAGUCUUAGAACCGUGUCCGCAACAAGAGGCUGACUGAGUUGACCACCCGAGGGGCCCUUUACCAGAGAGGCAAAGGGAGGUAGUGUGCUCGGAACUAGGGACGGCUUAUGUUAUAGCCAAUCGCCUUGUACACAAAACCUUGAGAACCUAAACCCGACGACAACCUGAACGUGAAUAACAUCGGAACCAAGCGUUUGAACAGUGUACAAUAAUGAACUUCAACAAUCAAAAACAAUUUUCAACAUGAUGAGGCUUCAAUGUCAAGUUUUUCUUUUUAUUCUGUUUCUUUUUUUCACAGUGAAGACUUUUUUUAUGCCUUUUUUUAUGCAAACAAACACAUACGAUCAAACA